CCGCGUCCCUUAAAAAAAGAAGUGAAUUAAUCUCAAUAAAAGGACGACAACAACAACAUGACCGCGGUUAUCUGCACCCUGCGAGCUUACAACAGCGUGGCUUUCAAACUUCUGCUUCAUCUGAACACAGAAACAUCUAUUGCGUGCAGAAAGAAACACAAAUGAACAGCGGGCUUUACUUUUGGCGACAGAUAAACAAAAGCUAUGAUUUAUGAAGAAGAAGAAGAAAAAAAAACAUGACCUAAUAUAAAGUUCAAGAUUAAAACAAAGCACUGCUGCUGUACAAACGGGGGUACAGGACAGCAGAGGAGGAAGAAGAAGAAAAAAAAAACUAGCGAGAAUCCAGUCCGUCUUGUUUUGUGUGUGCGCGGCGAUGCUGUUCAGAGCUCCGCGUUUUGGCCCUGAUCGGAGCUGAAGUUGAGCUGUAGUUUCCAUGGCUGUCCAUGGCUCGGUGCUGUUGGCUCUCUCUGUGUCUGCUCAACCCAGGCUGUGCGGAGCUCCCUGCGGGAUCACAGCGCUCCCCCGCCGGGACUCCACUCUCACAUCCUCCUGCUGGGACUCGGCUACAUUUCCAGCCAAGCCUGGCUUUAUUAUGUGUGUCUGCACUGCAGCCCAGCCAGCAGUUAGAUCAGGAGGCGGAGGGAAGACGAGAGCCAGGACAAAGAAAAAGGGAGAGAGAGGCUAGCAAUCGCAAACAUUUCGAAAAACAAUCAUAUUAAAUGCAAGGCAAGACAUGCUGGUCAAAAUACCAAUACCAGGCGCACCGUGUGAGAUAUAACGCACCAGGGAGAUAGCCCAAUGCAACCGGGACCACCGCAAAAAUAAACGAUACUGUUUCGAUAACUACACCACGAGAGAACCACAGGCAAGCUUCUAGCAAGGAAAAAAAAACGAAGAUCAAGCUUGCGGAAACAGAAUUGUAUCGCUGUUUAAUUAAGGUAAUGUGAUUACUGAAGCGUAUUGGCACCUAUUUCUGCGGACGACCAGGUGUGAGAGAUUGCCGUAAUUUGGCACCCGCAAGUGGGUUGUGCAACUCGGGCUCGCUCGCUGAGACGGUGCACCAGUGGCGUCCGCUCGCACUCUCCUCGUACAAACAAUAGACCCGGCUUGUUACGGGCUCGGAAAUCUACUAAGUUAUCUUGUGAAAUCUACAGGUUGAUCUACUGCAGUUGUGCGAAGAAGUUGAAGGGGAAACAUCUGAGGAAAAGACUUCCCGUUUUGUUUGUUUGUUUCACGAGCAAGGUUUUGUGAAGUGCUACAGGACUUACAGCUCCAGGCUUACGUUGUCGCAUUGCAACAGGCAAAAAACAAACUAAAAGAAGAAAAACUGAUGUGCAUGAUUUCAUAAUCGCAAAAGACAAAGCGCUCAGAGGGGAAAAGGACACAACCUGGCAAUGUCCCGACGAAAGCAGGCCAAGCCGCGCUCCGUUAAAGUGGAAGAAGGCGAGUCCUCCGCGUUUGCUCCAGGCUGGGGUUCCACGGCAGUGCAGACAGAUGAUAGCUCGGUGGUCAAGCAGGAGUUUGAGGGGAAGGACGGGCUCAGUGUGACGAGCCACGAGGACCGGGCACAGGAGGGAGAGGAGGACCUGGAGGACAUGUAUACCUGCGACAGCUGCCAGCAGGACUUCGACUCGCUUGCAGACCUGACCGAGCACCGCGCCCACCAGUGCCCAGGGGAUGGUGAUGACGACCCUCAGCUCUCCUGGGGGGCUUCCUCGCCCUCCUGCAAAGAUGUGGCAUCGCCCUCCCAGAUGCUCGGGGACGGGUGUGACCUGGGCAUGGGGGAUGAGGAAGGGGGCACGGGCUUGCCCUAUCCGUGCCAGUUCUGCGACAAGUCCUUCAGCCGCCUGAGCUACCUGAAGCGUCACGAGCAGAUCCACAGCGACAAGCUGCCCUUCAAGUGCACCUACUGCAGCCGGCUGUUCAAGCACAAGCGGAGCCGAGACCGCCACGUCAAGCUGCACACCGGGGACAAGAAGUACCACUGCCACGAGUGCGAGGCCGCCUUCUCACGCAGCGACCACCUCAAGAUCCACCUGAAGACCCACAGCUCCAGCAAGCCCUUCAAGUGCACUGUGUGCAAGAGGGGCUUCUCCUCCACCAGCUCCCUGCAGAGCCACAUGCAGGCCCACAAGAAGAACAAGGAACACGUGGAGCGGGCCGAGAAGGACGUCAACAUGAAGGAUGACUUCUUCAUGUGCGACUACUGCGAGGAGACCUUCAGCCAGACGGACGAGCUGGAGAAGCACGUGCUGGACCACCACCCCCAGCUCUCGGAGAAGGCCGACCUGCAGUGCAUCCAUUGCCCCGAGGUCUUUUCAGACGAGAGCUCCCUGCUCAGUCACAUUGACCAAACGCACGCCAACAAGAAGCACAAGUGCCCCAUGUGCCCGGAACAGUUCUCCUCUGUGGAGGAUGUCUACUGCCACCUGGACAGCCACAGGCAGCCAGACUCCAGCAACCACAGUAUCAGCCCCGACCCUAUGCUGGGCAGUGUGGCUUCCAUGAGCAGCGCCACACCGGAUUCCAGCGCGUCUGUGGAAAGAGGGUCCACUCCCGACUCCACCUUGAAACCUUCCAGAGCAGCCAGGAAGCUGGCCUCAGGUGAACAGGAGGAGAGCCUAACCUGGCCGACUAAGAUCACCUACAGCUGCCCCUAUUGCUCCAAGCGGGACUUCAACAGCCUGGCUGUCCUGGAGAUCCACCUCAAGACCAUCCAUGCCGAUAAGCCCCAGCAGAGCCACACAUGCCAGAUCUGCCUGGACUCGCUGCCCACCCUGUACAACCUGAACGAGCACGUCCGUAAAGCCCACCGCACCAGCAACGCCUUCCCUGUGCUGCAGUUCAGCAAUGUCUCUGCCUUUCACUGCAACUACUGCCCAGAGACCUUCGCUGACAUCAACAGCUUGCAGGAGCACAUCCGGGUGACCCACUGCAUCCCUAGCUCUGCCACCACCCUGGAGGGGAACCACGCUUUUUUCUGCAAUCAGUGUUCCAUGGGCUUCCUGACAGAGUCCUCCCUCACGGAGCACAUCCAGCAAAUCCACUGCAACGUGGGCAGCUCCAAGCUGGAGUCGCCAGUUAUUCAGCCUUCACAGUCCUUCAUGGAGGUCUACUCCUGUCCUUACUGCACCAACUCGCCCAUCUUUGGUUCCAUCCUGAAGCUCACGAAGCACAUCAAGGAGAACCACAAGAACAUCCCGCUGGCCAGCAACAAGAGGACAAAGGCGGAACACAGCCCGGUGUCAUCGGAUGUGGAGGUGUCCUCUCCGAAGAGGCAGAGGCUGGGAGUUAAUGCCACCCCGAAAUCCAAUGGGGAGUACCCGUGCAACCAGUGUGAUCUCAAGUUUGCCACCUUCGAUGGCUUCCAGACUCACUUGAAGUCUCACCUGGAGUUACUCCUGAGGAAGCAGUCCUGCCCCCAGUGUAAAGAGGACUUCGACUCCCAAGAGUCUUUGCUCCAGCACCUGACAGUCCACUACAUGACCACGUCCACCCAUUACUUCUGCGAGAGCUGCGACAAGCAGUUCUCCUCAGUGGACGAUCUGCAGAAGCACCUGCUGGACAUGCACACCUUCGUCCUGUACCACUGCACCCUUUGCCAAGAGGUCUUUGACUCUAAGGUCUCCAUCCAGGUGCACUUGGCUGUGAAGCACAGCAACGAGAAGAAGAUGUACCGGUGCACGGCCUGCAAUUGGGACUUCCGCAAAGAGACAGACCUCCAGCUGCACGUCAAGCACAGCCACCUGGGCAACCUGACCAAGGCCCGCAAGUGCAUCUUCUGCGGGGAGAUGUUUGGCACCGAGGUGGAACUGCAGUGCCACAUCACCACUCACAGCAAGAAGUACAACUGCAGGUUUUGCAGCAAGGCCUUCAACGCCAUCACCCUCCUGGAAAAGCACCUGCGGGAGAAGCACUGCGUCUUUGAGAACAGCAACAGCCAGAAUGGCACCCCUAAUGGAGUGCCCCCUGUCAGCAAGAGGACAGAGGCUGCAGACCUCCAGAACAUGCUGAUGAAGAGCCAGGAGACGGCUAAUAGCCACGAAGCCAGCGAGGACGACGUGGACGCCUCUGAGCCCAUGUAUGGCUGUGACAUCUGCGGGGCCGCUUACACCAUGGAGGCCCUGCUUCAGAACCACAGACUGCGGGAUCACAACAUCCAGCCUGGAGAAGACGACUGCAGGAGGAAGAAAGCGGAGUUCAUCAAAGGGAACCACAAGUGCAACAUUUGCUCCAGGACAUUUUUCUCAGAGAAUGGCCUCAGGGAGCAUGUGCAGACUCACCGAGGCCCUGCCAAGCAUUACAUGUGCCCUAUUUGCGGGGAGCGUUUCCCUUCCCUCCUCACGCUCACGGAACACAAGGUGACCCACAGCAAGAGCCUGGACACUGGCACCUGUCGCAUCUGCAAGAUGCCCCUCCAAAGCGAGGAGGAGUUCAUAGAGCACUGCCAGAUGCACCCGGACCUCCGCAAUUCCCUCACAGGCUUCCGGUGUGUGGUGUGCAUGCAGACGGUUACCUCCACCCUGGAGCUGAAGAUCCACGGCACCUUCCACAUGCAGAAGCUGGCGAGCAGUUCUGCCUCCUCGUCUCCCAACGGACAACUCCAGAAGCUCUACAAGUGUGCUCUGUGCUUGAAGGAGUUCAAGAACAAACAGGACUUGGUCAAACUUGAUGUCAAUGGCCUGCCCUACGGCCUGUGCGCUGGCUGCAUGAACAGAGGCACUAAUGGACAAUCGUCAAGCGGAACCCUGCAGGAGCCCAGCGAAAAGCCUGUCGCCGGACUCCGGUGCCCGGAGUGUGCAGUCAAGUUUGAAACACUAGAAGACUUGGAGAGCCACAUCCAGCUGGAUCACCGGGAGAUGACCCCUGAAACUAGCAGCCAAAAGAAGGUUCCUGAGGCCUCCCCAGCCCCUAAAAAAAAGACAUAUCAGUGCAUCAAGUGCCAGACGACCUUCGAGACGGAGCGGGAGAUCCAGAUCCACGUGGCCAAUCACAUGAUUGGAGAAAGUCUGCAGCUGCAAGAGGAAGGCAUCAAUCACGAGUGCAAGCUGUGUAACCAGAUGUUUGACUCUCCAGCGAAGCUCUUGUGUCACCUGAUUGAGCACAGCUUCGAGGGAAUGGGCGGCACGUUCAAAUGCCCCGUGUGCUUCACAGUCUUUGUACAGGCCAACAAGCUCCAGCAGCACAUCUUCGCAGUGCAUGGGCAGGAGGACAAGAUCUACGACUGCUCCCAGUGUCCGCAGAAAUUCUUCUUCCAGACUGAGCUGCAGAACCACACGUUGAGUCAGCAUGCACAGUGAGGAACCUUGCUCUGCCCAAGACGUGACGGGACACAGUGGGGCAGGAGGACCAUUUGAACAUUACAUCCAAUCAGUGUGUCAUUUGCAACCCACACGUAAAAUCUCGACGGAUUUGGCCACAAGGCACUACUAUUAUGAGCAGUUGGAAAUUAAUAUUAAUGGAAGAUAUUAAAAGUAUUCUACGUUCAGUAUUUUUUAUUGUCCUGUUGAAGUAGAGCGUUCUGAGGGGGGAUUGGGGGUGGAGGAAGGGAGGGACAAAAGGGAAAAAAAAGCUUCUGCCUCAAAUUUCUCGUGUUAGAGGGAUCUGCUUUGACUCUCUUGUCCUUUGUUGCUUCUUGUAUCAUAUUGAUAGUUGCUGAUUUUUAGUCGUGGGUUUCCGUUUGUACCAGCUUUUACUUGCAGUUUUUAGGUACUCGUGCUGUAAUGGGAUUGCUUGCCAAUCGUAAUGAAUAUUUCUGACAUUUUCCUUCUCUCUUUUUCUUCUUAUGUUUUAUUUUGUUUGUAAGAAGACUAAUGCUUUGAUUGGGUUUGCCAGUUCACAGGACAAGUGAUUCUUGUACAACGAAUAUCAUCGGUUUCAGUGCAACUGGAUGGUGUCUGCUUUUUAAAUGUGAAUUAACCUGAUUGCAAUAACUAGUACAGUAAAAUAAAGGGAAUCCAUGCAGUGA